AUGGCGGUCUUUUUCGAUUCAAAGGAGCCAACAACAACGCAGCCUUCUUCUGAAAGGAAGAAAAACACAUUGCUUGGAGUGGAAGGUGAGGAAGAAGCAAGAGAGCCAGAAAGCGAAGUUCUAGCUGCAGAAAAAGUUGGGAAGGAUAAAGAAGUUUGCACGUUAUGUAAAGAGUUAGUUGGUGAGACAGUCCAUUACUUUGCUGAAAACCAGACCCAAACAGAGAUCAUUGACAUCCUUCACAAGUCCUGCUCUAAGCUGCUCUGUUUCAAGCAGAAGUGCAUCACUCUGGUGGAUUAG